AUGAGUGAAGAAUUGGAACCCGCGGACCAUGACGUGAAUCCCGAAGUGUUUGUCGGCGAGUACGCCAACAUCUACCGGUACCUUUCACAGUUUCAGGUCGAGUUGGCCCACCCCCGCCAGCUCGCCAGCCGCCCGUUGCUUGCCAGCGACGCCCCGUCGAUCACCGUGUUCAAAAAGAAGAAUCUCAGCAAGCUUGCCAACAACCCCGCCAACAUCUACGAGCACAACUUGACGCUGCCCGACAUCGACCAGAACGACCGCACCAAGCUGAAGGUGAGCUGUAUGCGCUGCCGCAAGUACAAGAAGAAGUGCCUGCGCCGCUUUCCCGAGUGUCUGAACUGUACCCUGAGCGACGAGUUGUGUAUCUACAUGCCCCGCAAGACCAAGCGUCGCCAGGCCCCCCUCGUCGCCGACGACGCGACGACAGCGCCACCCCGGGCCCCCACCGCCGCCGCUGCCGCCACCGACGCCGCCGACGCCACCACCGACUCCAGCACCACCACCGACUCCAGCGGCGCCGCCGCCACCGCCGCCGCGAAGAAAAAACGGCACAAUUUGGACAUGUUGUUGAACUAG